UGAGCACAUCGCCAAUCGUCCGUUUUCACCAAAACACCACCCAUCACUCUCCCACCAUCAGUCAUGAUACGAGGUCUGCUGGCGGUCUUUGUGGUGGGAGCGCUGUGUCGCGUGUGCCCAGGGAACGUGGUGCUGGAGGAGGACGGCACGGGAGCGUUUCACAUCAACACGAGCGAUCCUGACCAGCAGCCAGUGUUUGUGAACGGAAUGGAUGUGCAACAGAUGUACACCAGGCUGCAGGAGCAACAGAAGCUCAUUGAAGUUCAGCAGGACAUGCUUGGAGCCCAAAACAUGGCGAUUCAAACACUGGGCAACACCUUAAACGUCUUCCGUUCCGCGUCCUGCCCAGCGUCUGCAAGGAGCACCAUUUCCGCUGGUUCUGGAGACUACAAAUGGAAUGGGGGCGUCUUGGCCCCGAAUGGCCUCAUUUACGCCAUCCCUGCCGCUGUCACGGCGAUCCUCAUCAUCGACCCAAACUCCAACACUGCUGACAGAACCUCAAUUACUGGCCUUUCAUCCCUCCGGCGGGGAUGUCAAAGUGCGACCAACACCGCCGACGUGACAACAAUCCCAGACGUCGGUGUCGGCGGGUCCUACAAUUCUGCACUGCGCUUGGACGACAACCUCAUCUACGGCAUUCCGAGAAGUGGUCCUGCUGUGCUGAUCAUUGAUCCAAACACCAACACUGUUGACACAACGAGCAUCGCUGGAAUAAGUGGUGGCACGUGGGAAGGCGCUGCUCAGGCUGGCAACGGGCUCAUCUUUUCUGUUCCCUACAGCUCAAAGUCUGUGCUCAUCAUUGACCCGAAGCUACGAACUGCAGACACAACCACCAUCACAGGCAUUUCUGGUGGGCGCAAGUGGCAUGGUGCCGCCUUGGGCGGCAAUGGGUUCAUCUAUGGCAUUCCUUACGACUCGCGCUCUGUUCUCAUCAUCAACCCCAACACAAAGACGAUUGACACAACCACCAUCAGCGGCAUUUCGGGUUACCAGAAAUGGCAUGGAGCCGUGACAGCGAAGAACGGGUUUGUUGUUGGCAUCUCUCGCGACUAUUACAAGGCGCUGAUCAUCGAUCCCAUCACCAACCGAGCCACACAGCAAAGCAUCAGCGGAAUCCCCGGUGGGGACGCGAGAUGGUACGGAGGUGUGCUUGCAGACAACGGUCUGAUUUACGGCAUCCCAUACCGCGUUGGCACGUGCCUCGUGGUGGAUCCAGGAUGCUAA